CUUUUAACAGCACCUGGUAUUUGCAAUUUAUUCAUCUUCAUUGUCUCUUAGCCCAUUGGUUUCUCCAGAAAAUUCUGGGGUGUUAUUUUGCGGGAAAGUUUUCUGAAAGAUUCUGAGUAAACGAACAACCAAAGUCAUUUGGUUCUGCCUCAGAUUGUCUCUUUUUUUUGGGUUCCUAUUGUAAUCUAUUCGCUCACCGUUAUCACCCAUAACAAGGAAAAAAUCUGAAAAAAGGAAAAGAAGAAAACCGGUGAAAUUUGAUCGGAAUUUAUUUUCUGAGCCGGAAGUUUAACGUUUUGUCACUAAAAAACGGCUUCGGAAUUCCGGGUUUAAUUAAAAGAGUCACGAGAAGAUCGUUUUGUUUUUCUAUGAAUAACAGGAAUCUGGUUUCUGGGUAUUUGUUGGAAUCCAGAUUUUUGUUCUCAAUCACGCCGGGAAUCGGAUCUUGAAGUCCGGCGCCUAUGGCUAUGAAAGCUUCGUCACUAGACCACUGGCGGAACUAUUUCCGGACGGCGAAUUCGGACAUUUUCGACAUAAUCGAUCAGGCGAUACUGGUGGCAGCUCUGGAUUGCCCCAAGGAGUUCAGAUUGCGGAGAGAUCAAAUUGUGGAGAAGCUCUUUACUUGUCGAUGGACGCGGUGCUCCGGCUGCGAUCGAGUGGAGCUGGCUGUGCAGGAAUAUGAAGAUGAGAGUGGCAGAGGGUGCAAGAGUGGGUUUGACGGAGAAGAUGGCCGGGGGUGUGAGUUUGAGAUUGGUGGUAGCAAAGGGAGCAAGGUGAAUAGCAGUAGAGAUGAUCAUGGCGAGAUGAAUAUGAAUCAGAUUGCCAGUAAUUAUAGCUAUGGAGAAGCUGAGGCAUUGACUGAAGAGAUUGAGGAGGAAUUGCAGAUUGUUGAGGAGGUUUUGAGGAUCAAAGAGAUUCUUGAGAACAAUCAAGAUGAGAGUGAUUCAGUGUUGGUUGAACUGCUAAGGAGGCUUCAAUUGAUGGCUUUAACUGUUGAUACUCUUAAGACAACUGGUAUUGGAAAGGCUGUGAAUAGCAUUAGGAAGCAUGGAUCAAAGCAGAUUCGUCAUCUAGCUCAGAUUCUCAUUGAUGGGUGGAAGGAAUUGGUGGACGAGUGGGUUAAUGCUACAAAGGCUAUUGCAGAAAGUACUCCAGAAUCAGUAAAUCCAUCAGUUGUUGAUGAGGAAGAAGAAGAAGAAGGGCUUCCAUCUCCUCCUUUGGAUGAAGGGGCUUUCUUUGCUACUCAACCUACAUCAAUAGAGUUUGAACGGUUUUUUGAGUGCAUGGAUGAUGAUGGAAAUCCUCGAAACUGUGGGGAAUUCAUCAAGAACCGUGAUAAUGGUAGAAGACCAUCACAGGUAAACCAAAAGGCGAUGAAGCAGAAACAGCAGACUCCUAAAGAUGCAAAUAUGGUAGCUAAGGACAACACAGUCCAACAAACAAAAAGACAAGAAACUGUUGUGAAGCCUAAUAACAGGCCCUUAAAUACUGAUUUGGGGUCUGCGAGACCUCCAAGACAAAGUGCAGAGCAGAAGGCCAAUAAUGAAUUAAAGUUGCAGCAAAAGUCAGAAAAGAUGGUUCUUGAAAAGAAGCCUCUCUCGAGUCAACAAGAAAAAUUCAAGUCUUCAGAUGAAGUUUCUGUUCAACAGAAGCUCGAAGCAACAAAAAAGAAACUUCAAGAACGUUACCAACAGGCUGAGAAUGCCAAGAGGCAGCGGACGAUACAGGUCAUGGACUUGCAUGAUCUCCCUAAGCAGGGGCUUGGCCAAAAAAAUACACAUAUUAGACCAGGCAUCCAUAACCGGCAUUGGGCAAAUGGAAGGAGAUAGUUCUUGUUUCUGGAGGAGCGAUGUAGAUAGGCUUUGGAGUUUCUUCCAUUCUAAAAUGUCUGCUGAAGAACACCAGCAACCCUUGGUGCUCCUGACCUGACAUGAGCUACUAACAAUAAAAUUUCUCCUGAGAUAUCACUGCCGGAUAAGGCCUUUGUUAACAACUCAUUCAAACUUAUGCUUGUUAUACAUUUUGAACACUGAUUUUAGGGACCUGAUUUUUUUAUUUUUCCCCCUCAAGUGAAAUUAUAUAGAGGAUGGGUGUAUACAAAAAUGGGAACUGAAUUUUCGUUUUUAAUUCUGUGCUGAAAUGAUUAUCUAUGAAGAAACCAUUUUUGACUAC